CCUCCACCCCUGCACAUCAUGGACAAGUCCAUUCUCAACCCCCGCGAGCCUCGAUUCCCCUGGCGGGAUCUCCCCGCCAUCAUCUGGCUCUUCACCGAAAGCGACUUCCCCACGUUCGUCCUGCCCAACUCGGCAUUUGGGAUCUUUGGUGCCCUCGCCGGUCCUGCCCUCACGGACGGAGCAGAGGGAGCAAGCCAUGGUUCGAGCGUCCCGUCCACCACGACGAUCCUCCUCCAUCGGCUGCCCUUGGUGAUCCUCUUCAACUGGGUCGCUGUCCUCAUCUUCGACGUUGCGAACCAGCGCGCUCCCGACGCCAUCCACGAGGACCAAAUCAACAAGCCAUGGCGUCCUAUCCCUACCGGACGCAUCACCGCACUCCAGAGCCGCCGUCUCCUCAUGGCGGCCAUCCCGCUGUCCCUGGCCCUCGCUUACACCAUGCACAUCGAACACGAGAUGGCCCUCAUCCUGAUCCUCACCUGGCUCUACAACGACCUCGGCGGCGGCGACGAGAUCAUACGAAACCCCCUCAUCGCGGUAGCGUACGGGCUGUACAAUGCCGCGUCGCUGAUCAUCGCCGUGGGGCCGAGCACGAGCACGCCCAUCUCCCGACGAGGCUACCUCUGGACAGCGAUGAUCAGCGGCGUGAUCCUCACGACCAUGCAGAUCCAGGACCUGAAGGACCAGGAAGGCGAUCGCGCCCGCGGCCGCUUGACCAUCCCGCUGUUACUGGGCCAGUCCGUGUCGCGCUGGACGCUGGCCGUGCUCGUCCUGGCUUGGGGCCCGGCCUGCGUCUUCUUCUGGCGACUGCCGUGGUGGGGAUACCUCGGUCCCACUGCCGUCGCGGUGGCGGUUGCUUGGCUGGUUACCCAGGCGCGGUCCUUCCGCGCUGAUGCUGCCGCGUGGAGGCUAUGGUGCUUUUGGCUGGUGCUGCUGUACCUGCUUCCGUGGGUUUCGAGGUGGGGUUUGUGAGGGGAGAUAUCUAGAAGCUGUUGGGCGUGGGCUGUUGCUUUCGUUGUGUGUGUGGGGGGG